UGCGCAUCCUCUCCACAGGCACCGCUAGACCGACUGACCUAACGAUACCCUCCUCCGCUAGUCCAUCGAGGACAUUCACACCACAAAGCCCACAUGUCCCGACCCUCUCGCUAAGGACGAUGCAUUCCGCACGAUCGGGUCGUCUCCGCCUGGCUACCAAGCUUGCCGCUCUCGCUGCCGCUAUAUAUGGUUUUAUAUGGGUCAGCGGGUUUCCGCGAUACUACGAUGAAGACGAAUUGCCUCCCACCCAGCAGCGAGGCGACGACCCUGUCCAGACGACCCCAUUCCCCGUCGAGUUCGAUCAUGUCGUCGUGUCUCUGAAGACGAGCGCUACCAAUGCCUACAAGGAGGUUCCGCCGCUGCUCGUACUUACCAAGCAGAUGUACUACGACUCCCUGCUGCUGAUGAGCGACCUGCGCAUGGACAUUGGUGCCUUCCACAUCGAGGAUGUGCUGGAUAGAUACAAGAAGGAUUUCGUAGAUAAUACACCGGAGCUGGAGAGAUACAAACACCUGGACUACUGCAACCGCGCAAAGAUUCCGUUCGACACUAUCAAAGAUGGAGACCCUCAGAAGGAGAAGGAGAUACAAGAAGGCAUGGAUAGAUACAUGAUUUUGCGAAUUGUACAGCGAGCCUGGGAGCUCCGUCCCGAGCGGUUGUGGUAUGUGUUUGGCGAUGCGCAGACCUAUAUUGCACGCGCAAACCUGCAGACAUGGUUGGGCCAGUUCGAUCACUCCAAACCCUAUUUUUUUGCCAAUCCGCCGAUUGCUGGUUUGCCCGACCCUUUCGCUGUGGGAGGCCAUACCUUCAUACUUUCCGCCACCGCCAUGAGGGCACUUUUCGUGGAGCAGGAAAAGGUUCUUGACCACUGGAACGACCGGAUCUCCAAAUCCAGUACAGCAUACGAUGUUCUCACAGACUUCCUUUCCACCGAGAUCAGUUUGGAAGUAAAUCAGACAUGGCCGGCGAUAUCUGGUUUCAAUCCCUUGACAGCGCCUUAUGGAAAUGGAUUCUGGUGUGAGGUCAUUGUCGCCAUGGAUAACGUUCCACCAGAAUCACUGAGCGAGCUGUGGCGCCUGGACACUGACCAUUUCGAGGGUCGACUGGGGAGUGUUCAGGAUCCUGUGACAUUCGCAGAUCUCUGGAGGCGCUUCAUGCAAGGAGAGGAUUUGGAUACCCCUAGGCCGAACUGGGACAAUCUCUCCUCUGACCCAGACAAUGCACAAUUCAAUAUUCUCAGCGAGACAGUAAAUACCCGCUCUCACGCAAAGGAACAUAUGCUCAAUAACCAUCAUCACCACACACGAGACGAGGAAGAUCAAUCGGUAGACACCUGGGAGGCAUGCCAGGAAGCCUGCAACGCAAACGACCUCUGCGUGCAAUGGUCCUAUUCCACCGUUCCCACGUCGAACUACAACUCCAAUGGCGAUACUAGAUGUCAUCUCAGUCGAAACAUGCGUAUGGGACGUCACACGCCACCAUCGAAUACAGUCAUCGAGGGCCAGCCCUAUGAGACGAGGUGGAAGAGUGGAUGGAGGAAGGAGAAAUUCGAACAGUUUGCCCAGCAUCACCGAUGUAAAGGUCAGCAGGACAAGAUGUGAAAGCAUAUAAAAAGAGCGAUUGAAAGCAUAGUUGUAUUAUCUAGCCAGAAGUAGUAGUUUAGCAUCGUCACGCAGGCCUUGAAAUGCCAAUUUAUUUUCAGUUCUAGACGCACAUCUCUACGGUUGUCACUACUCGUACGUUCUCCAGACCAGAUAGACCAGGCAGAGCAAGUAAAUUAACGCUAGGCUGCGUUUCAGUGACCCUGCACGCUUUGGUGGUAUUAGAAGCAUUCUGGAAAUCCAAUUUGGUAGUACGCAGAUACUUUAAGCAAUCAAUGUUUCAGGUUUCAUUUUAUAUGCCUAUUGUAUGCCGGGUGGCUGGUUGAUUGAACAAUGG